CAAAUUUCGAGCCCGAACGAACAAUACGCGUAUUCAAACUUACAAACCAUGUACCAGCGAGAACGCAAUCCCAAUCUGUUCCUCGGCGGUGAGCGUACAUCUGGACAAGAUGUACGUUCAGCUAACGUCUUAGCAGCAGUGUCGAUCGCCAACAUUGUCAAGAGUUCAUUGGGACCCGUUGGUUUGGACAAGAUGCUUGUCGAUGAGAUCGGUGACGUUACCAUCAGUAACGAUGGUGCUACCAUCCUUCAACUUCUUGAAGUCGAACACCCUGCCGGAAAGGUCCUCGUUGAACUCGCUCAACAGCAGGAUCGUGAAGUUGGUGACGGUACUACAUCAGUCGUUAUCAUUGCCGCUGAAUUGUUGAAACGCGCCAACGAACUUGUCAAGAACAAAAUCCAUCCUACUACCAUCAUCACUGGUUACCGAUUGGCUUCAAAGGAAGCUUGCAAGUUUAUUGCCGACCAGAUGGCUGUCAAGGUUGAUACUCUUGGAAAGGACUGUUUGAUUAACGCUGCCAAGACCUCUAUGAGCAGUAAGAUCAUUGGAUCUGACUCUGAUUUCUUUGCAAACUUGGCUGUCGAAUCUAUGCUCGCUGUCAAGACCACCAAUGCUCGUGGUGAAAGUAAAUACCCUGUCAAGGCUGUCAAUAUCCUCAAGGCUCACGGUAAAUCUGGCCGUGAAUCCAUCUUCGUUCGUGGUUAUGCUUUGAACUGCACCGUCGCUUCACAAGCCAUGAAGACUCGCGUUCAAAACGCAAAGAUUGCUUGUUUGGACAUGAACCUCCAAAAGACCAGAAUGCACAUGGGCGUCAACAUCGUUAUUGAUGACCCUGACAAGUUGGAGGAUAUUAGAAAGAGAGAAAUUGAAAUCACAACUGAACGCAUCAAGAAGAUAUUGGCAACUGGUGCUAACGUCAUCUUGACUACCAAGGGUAUCGAUGACUUGUGCUUAAAGUUGUUCGUUGAAGCUGGAGCAAUGGCUGUCCGUCGUUGUAAGAAGGAAGAUUUGAAGCGUAUUGCAAGAGCAACCGGUGCUACAUUGACCUCAUCACUCGCCAACUUGGAAGGAGAGGAAACUUUUGAAGCUUCCUACCUUGGAUCUGCAGAAGAAGUUGUUCAAGAACGUAUCUCCGAUGAUGAAUGCAUCAUGAUUAGAGGUACAAAGACACAGAGCUCUGCAUCCGUCAUUCUCCGUGGUGCAAACGAUUACAUGUUGGAUGAAAUGGAACGCUCUUUGCACGAUUCUCUCUGCGUUGUCAAGCGCACCUUGGAAAGUGGCUCUGUGGUUCCUGGUGGUGGUGCCGUUGAAUCUGCUCUCAGCAUCUACUUGGAGAACUUUGCCACCAGUCUCGGAUCCCGAGAACAGCUUGCCAUUGCUGAGUUCGCCAAUGCUCUUCUAGUUAUUCCCAAGACCCUUGCCGUCAAUGCCGCCAAGGACUCAACUGAAUUGGUUUCCAAGUUGAGAGCUUACCACAACGCUGCUCUUAAUGCCGGAGCUGAUGAGCGUCAACGUGCUUUGAAGUGGUACGGUCUUGAAUUGAUCAAGGGCGAAGUACGAGAUAACUUGAACGCUGGUGUUUUGGAACCUGCCAUGUCCAAGAUCAGAAGUUUGAAGAGUGCAACAGAAGCUGCCAUUUCAAUUUUGAGAAUUGACGAUAUGAUCAAGGUUGCUCCUGACCAACCACAACAAGACGACGGCCAUGGUCACUAAUUUUCUUCGCAUACAACCCUAAAAAAAAUUCGAUACAUAAAGAACUGUAGAUUCAAAUGAACAAAUGAAACAUUCUAUUAUAAAAAAAUUUGCUUUUCAACUAUUUGAACAUUUAUA